AUGACAAUUGGUCAAACUGGGAAAGGAAAGAAUUGGACUGACAAAGUCAAUGAUAAACUCACUCGAGGGAAACAGUAUUUAAAACUGCACUACAAGCUGCAUGUCAAUACAGACUCUGAGGUCCCAGACCACUGUUGUAGAUUUGGCCUUUCAUCUAAGGAGAAGAACUACACUAGUCAAUGUGUACAUUCUCAUCACCUUAAGUGUGAUGAUUGUGAGAUGCUUUCAGAAACUCUGAAAACUAUUGAAGAGGCAAUAGAUACCAUUACAUUUCCCAAUUCUGAUGAAAAGGAUGAUGCAAAAUAUGUCAUAUCACAGAGUAUUAGAACAAUUACUGAAUGGAAGAAACAUAUCAUGAGGACUAUGAAUCAAGAAAGAGCAAGGAAGAAAAUUCUGGACUUUUUGCAACCAAAUGAAGCUCUCAUUGAGAGGGAUUGGGCCAUGAAAUUUCUUCCCUUGCAGUACAGGGAGUCACAAUCAAGCUGGUUUGCUAAGAGGGGCCUUUCGUGGCAUGUUAGUAUGAUCACUUUUAAAGACACAGAGGAUACUAGAAGUCUCACAGUUGUCCAUGUAUUUGAUACUGCCACCUAAGAUGCGGUCACAUCCAAUGCUAUUUUAAAGGAUUUGUUUCGGCAUGUUCAUUUGGUGAAUAGGGACAUAAACACCCUGUAUAUCAGAUCAGGCAAUGCAGGUUGCUUCCAUUCUUCUUACAGUGCAAUGUCUAUUCCUGAAUUGAAUAAUAAUGAUUAUAAUAUUUCCAUCAGAAGAAUGGAUUUUUGUGAUCCUCAAGCUGGCAAGUCCAUAUGUGACUGUAAAGCUGCACAUAUCAAAUCCUGUAUAAAACGAUAUGUAAAUGAAGGGCACAAUGUGCAGACAGCAGCUGAUUUCAAAGCAGCCAUGGAAAGUACCAUGACCAACUUAAAAGUAGUAGUUGCAUUACCACCAAAUUCUGUGAAAAUGUCAAACAUUCCAAAAGGUGGUAAAAUUGAAAAUAUCAGCCUAUUGCAUAAUUUCUUUUUUGACAGCAAGACUAUUAUUGCAUGGAAGCAAUUUGAAAUAGGGACAGGGAAAGAGUUUACAGCUUCCAGUAUCCAGUCUACAACUGCAUCUGCAUGUAUAAAAGUCAGAGAGGAAAGCAGCAUUUCAUGGCAAACUCAAAACAGAAAUAGGGUACAUGUACAUGUAUCUGAAACAGUAAGCAAUAUUAAUACUGAAAAUGUGGAAAAUAUUGAGUCAGAUCAUCAGGGUGAAAAUCUGUUUACAUGUCCAGAAGAGGGAUGUAUAUUAACAUUUAUGAGAUAUGGUCAACUUUGCCUUCAUUUGGACAGGGGAAAUCAUGUGUUUCCAUCAAAUAGUUUGAAUCUUCAAGAGCAGACCCAAAAAAGAUAUGCUAGUCUUGUUGAAUCCAAAAUUUCAUCGCAGAAGACUUUUGAAUAUAAAAAUGCAUCCUCAGUGUUGGAAGUUUCUGUGUUAAAUCAGGGCUGGGCGCUGAAGUGUAAUAGGGAAGUAAAAAGAUUUUCUUCACAGCAGAUUUCAUUUCUAACUCAGAAAUUUAACUUUGGGGAGUCUACUGGAUUUAAGUGUGACCCUGAGGAAGUAGCAAAAGAAAUGAGACAUGUAAAGAAUUCUGAUGGCUCAAGACUGUUUAGAUUUCAGGAUAUCCUUACCCCAUCCCAGAUUGGAAGCUUUUUUAGUAGAUUAUCAUUAAUAAAGCGCAAAGAAUCAAACGCCAAUUUCGAUGAAAAUGAUUUGUCAGCAGAGGAAUGUAAUAAUGUUGUGUCACAGCUAGCAGAUUUUGCAAGUUCUGUGUUGUAAUUUUUAAAGCCUCAAUAUCAUAGCCAAGUUGAAUGAUAAAAAUCUUUUUGGCUUGAUAGAACAAAAUAUAUUACUUGAAAUAAAAUCUUGAUACUGUUUGUUCAUUUAAC